UCUUCCCCUCCUACCAUCACAGCCACUGUCGCUGUGUAAUCAAGCAGGUCCAGGGCUGAGGUGCACCAAGCCACACAGCGCUCUGCUCGUUGAUAAGACUCCGUAGAAGAAGGACCACAGACUACUGGUCGUGACCUGCGACGGGGUUUCAGACGCUCAGUACAUGAGGUGGAAUUUUGGGAAGCAUCACGACUAAAGAAGGACAGACUCAUGACUGCGGGAAAAUACAAGUCAGAUGGAUUUUUAAAAUAGUCUGUUUUUAAUUAAACUGGGACACGCUUGGAAUAAAAUAAACGUUACUCAGCAUACAUUCUGAAUCUCCUGGACUUUUAGUCUUUAUAUGAGGUGAACAACAGCGUGGACAGACCAGUUCCACAGGGCUGCCCGUUGUCCCUUGGCGGCAGUGCUGAAGAGAAAGGCUCUCUGUCGCGUCCAUGAAUGCCCGCUCCGUGCAGGAGGCUCGACGCUGGGCAGCAAGAUGAGCUCGUGGGUGCAGCUGCUGCUCGCGCUGCUGGCAGCCUGUCUGCGGUUUGGCAUAGCCGAGGGGGACGCUCUGCCUGCAGCCCUGUUGGAGCUGGUUAGAAAAAGUCCCAUUUCCUCUAUUGAGGACCUACAGCUGCUGUUGCUUACUGACUCCGUAGAUGAGGAGGAUGGCACUUCGGCAGCCAAUGGAGGCCCCAGACAACCAAGGAGCCUUGAGGCCCAGCCAGCCCAGCAGGCUCUGUGUAAAGUACGCACAGAGGUGGUUGAGGUCACCAGGGCAAUGCUGGACCGCAGCAAUGCUAACUUCUUGUUAUGGCCACCCUGUGUUGAAGUGCAGCGCUGCUCUGGCUGCUGCAACACCAAAAGCUUGCAGUGUCUCCCCAUUGUCACACACACCAGAUACUUACAGGUCAUGAAGAUUGAGUACAUCAACAAAAGACCAACUUAUGCUAAAGCAGUUGUGUCAUUUGUGGAUCACGUGGAGUGCAGAUGUCAGCCCGCUCCACGUCCCCCAGGACAAAAAAAAAAAUCCCCUCGCAAGCAGCACAGCCACCUGCAUCGAAAUGAGACACUCAUCCAAGGACAUGUACAGGGACAGGUGAAGGUACACUCGAAGGAUGAACUCCAUCAGUGGGAUGAACUGAAACAAAACCACAGAGCCCACCUGGAGGACCUCCUGCAGCAGCAGUGGAGCCCCAGAGGAGACAUUUUAACUCAGCCUGGAGAAGGGUACAGUCUAGUAGGGGAGGACACAUCUUGGUCUGGAGAGGCUAUUUUCCUUGCUCCACACUGGCCUCAUAAAUCCACCAGGCUUGUUGAGACUAAAGAUCAAACAGAGAUACAGGAAAAUGUAGAUCGAAAGGAUGGUAGGGUGUCAGAUGGCAGAAAAACUAAUAAUGUUGGUAUUCAGGUAAAGAACAAGUUGAUUGAAGAUGGGGAGGGGUUGCUGCUCAACAAUACAGAAAUGAAAGCUAAAGAGUAUAGACAAACACACAACCUAUUAUGGUCAGAAAGCAAAUCAAACUUUUCAAAGAGCCAUACAAAUGGUUACUUUCAGCGUGAUAUUCAAAAUCCUCAAGUCAAGUUAAGUCCUACUGAAGAAACCACUACUGAAAGAUUAAGGAAUCGGUUCCAACCUACCAAAGAGCCAAAUCCAGAGCCUAGUGAACAGACGAGACGGAGAGAGAAUGAGAGUCCAGAGGAGAGGAUGGUACAAAUUGAGGGGAUAAAACUGGAUGAGCAAAAGGAGCUUCCACUUUUUCACAAGAGGAUAGACCAAGAGAAGGAGAUUGUGAGACUACAGCAAAUCAAACGAGAAGAGGAAGAAAGGCUGAAAGAUAAGGAGACUGACAGUCAACAACAUCUGCAUGAUAAACAUCAUCACCAUCUGCAAACAACAACGAAGAAACCAGAGGCAACAACAUCUACAACUACUACACGGCAACCACUAGCUCCAGUAAGCCCCAAACUCCUGCCACGCUCAAACCAAACAAGGAGAAGGAUGAGGAAGAAUCGCAAACGGAUCAGCAAAUCAGGAAUGAGAGCAAUGCUAAUGUAGAACUAAAAUGAACCCAGAUGCAAAAUGAGCAUUGUGCAUUUUGUGGAUAAUCCAGAGGUGAAGUCGAAUGAUUCCCGUCAUACAAGUAUUACUCAUUUGUCAGUAACCUGCUUGUCUUGUGAGAUCUCAGUAACACUAAUAAUGACUAUCUGGUGAAUCUGUAGCCACGUAUGGAUGAUGUAAGGAGCAGAGGAAAGAAGAAAAUGGAAUUUUUCAAGAAAACACUUGCCCCUAUGGCAGUUGAUGGUAUAAAGUAACAAUUGGCUAGAGUGAAAAAUCGUGUGCAAGCACAGUGCCUUUGGGGGGCUUAAAAGCACCCCUUCAUAACUGUGAAAAAAAGUGCAAUUUUUAAACUCUACUUGGAACCUUGUUUUGAUAUUGGCAGAGAAAAAACUGCACUUGGAUGUUGACAGAACCAAGUCUAUAUGGGGUUUAAAGUUUAUUGCUAAAAAAACCCACCAAUGAUAGACUUUCCAUGUGUGAUAUCAUUUAUUUGCUCUUUAAUAUGGUAAUAAGUCAUACGACUCUAUGUAGUUCUAUUUAACUCGCUCUAUUUACCACCGGAAUUCGACAAAUGCGAUUGAAGAACAAAAACACAAUGUUGCAUUAUUGGUGUUUCUCUGUUUAAAAUCUCUUUACAGGUGAAACAACAACAACAACAAAAAAGACCACUGACCUGACUGUGUCAUGCUUGUUAUUUAUUUAUCUCUUAUCUCAAAUGUGGUUAAACUCUAUACAAAUAAGAUGUUGCUAAGCAUGCACAACCUAUUCAAACUAUUAGGAUGGCUGUGUGAUUAAAGGAGAAAGAAAAACAAGUUGUAAAAGAAAGUCAAAACCUCUCAGUGUCAUGCACUAUUCAACCUCUUUGUCAAAAAAUUGUGUGUACAAGUGAUUGCUUUGUAUGCCUAAGUGUGUUGUGUAGUUUGUAUUGGUAUACACAUCUACACUUCUGCCCUAUAUCUAAAUAUCAUAUCUGAUUCUCUGUCUUUUUUGUUUAAUAGCAAUGUUUCCCUUUCACCAAUUAUGGUUUCGUAGAAUCAGUUAAAUUCCUUUUGAACUCAUACACCUAUUUUCUAUUAGCAUUCCUACUGUUUGUUUUAGUUGUCCAAAGCACAGAAUUUUUGAUUGCAAGAAACUAUAAGGGUCAAAACAAGCUACUAAAUAUUUAGUCACUUACAAUCACAUAAAGACAAAUGCAGAUGUUUUUGUGAACAUGUGACAAAACCGCUGCUGAUGCUAUUCUGUCUUCCCAAUGAUCUAUAAUCAGCCAAACAUCUUAAGUUAUCAAAGAACAUUUACUUGUUUGUUCUUUAUGCCAACUUACAACUAUCACAUAUUUUUAUCUUUUGUUAGAAGACAUGUUGAAAGAAAAGAACGUUUGUGAUAACUUUGCCACAUAAUGCUAUUUUCAUAUGGAUAUAAGAAACUAAUGAAGUUAAACCUCC